CGGCUUCCGUUUUUGCUCGCACACGCUGCGCAGCGGCAAAGUCGCGGGAAUCUUCGUGGGCUGCUCCGAGCGGCGACGGCGACGGGGCGGCGGUAUCUCGCGCGGGGGUCAACACAGCUAGAUCUCCCUCUCUCUGCGUGUAUAGAAGGGCGGUUGCUGGUGGGAGGAGGAGGAGGAGGUUGAGAGAGGUAUGCCCAUGGAGCACGGGAGGAGGCAGGGGGUGGUGGCGAUAGAGUGCGUGGCGGGCGGGUCGAGGGCGGAGGAGUGGGGGCCCGGGAGCAGCGAGACGGUGCAGACGGGCGACGUGGUGGAGGAGAUCCUCAUCGGGGUCGGCGGACGCGGGGGCCCCGCGGCGCACGCCGCGCCGUUCAAGGGCGGGCGCGCCGCCGUGCAGAGGCUCCUCCACUCGGCGUACAAGCGCGGGGACACGUCCGUCGAGGUGCGCGUGCGGCGGCCCGCGCACGCGCAGCAGCUGGUGACCACCAGCGGGGAGCUGCUGCCCUCCCCCGCGGCGGGGGCGGCGACGACCACGACGGCGAGGAUGCAGGCCUGCAUCGUGCCGCAGGAGGCCGCGGUCGGGGGCGGCGGCGCGAUGAUGGCCGUCGUGGGCCGCAGCCGCCAGUACGUGCUCCGCUCGAUCCGUGACCCAAACUACGCCGUCGGCUUCGUCGACCGCAUGGAGAGCGAGUGCAUCGCCAUUCGAGGGUCGAGGAGUUCGAGGGUGGUGUGUGCCCUGAGCAAGGCGCAGCUGCAGGACGGCUACGUGGCCUACCCGUGGGAGAAGAAGAUGAGGGAGGCGCUCCCGAUCCCUAACUCCAGCAGCUUCCUCUCCAUGCUCGUCCUCCCCACGGCGCUCGACCGCGCCGCCUCCCGCUACAACUCCGUCGAGGACACCCUCGCCCGCGCCAACGCCUGGAUCCUCUCCUCGCAGUCGUCCGGUGUGCCCAUCUCCUUCCUCAACGUCCAGACCGAGGCCCUCCUCACCAAGAUCUCCGGCGAGACGGCCUCCGCGACGGUCAACUCGGGGUCACUGGCCGACCUCCCGAACCUCGCCAACGCCAGCCUUUACGGGUUCGAGGACUACCACGGCGUGGACAUCGGCGUGGUGAAGGCGGUGCGCGUCUGGUACACCGCCGCCGCCGGUGAGAUGCCAGUGGAGAUCACCCUCGAGGCCGGCGACACCAAGCUCGGCUUCGCCAUUAGCCGCACCGAGGAGGGAUUCAUCUACAUCUCGUCCGUCAUGGAGGACGACAGCGGCUUCCUGGCGCCGUCGACGAGGUCGGGGCUGCGCGACCUCUACCGGGAGGCGAAGCGCGCGUCGAAGCUGCUGGUGAUCUCCAGGGUGUCCGGGCAAAAGGUCCUCCCGUGGAUGGUGUCCACGUCGGGCGCCAUCCGGUGCUUCGACACCGUCUCGCUCAGCCAGAAGCUGUCGCUGCACCGGCACGCCCUGCGCCCGAUCCUGCUCCACCUGCUCAUGUGGGAAGGCAAGUCGGCCGACGCGCCGGCUCGCCCGCACGAGCCCCGCCUGCCGCCUCAGCCGGCGCCGUACCCGGAGUUCGCCGCCGGCCUUGUGCGGCAGGACUCGUUCGGCGGCGGCGAGCUGCCACGGCAGGACUCGUUCGCCAUAGGCGAGCUGCGGCGGCAGGGCUCGUAUGGCGUCGAGCUGGUGCGGCAGGACUCGUUCGGCGUCGAGCUGGUGAGGCAGGACUCGUUCGCGUGCACCGAGCCGCCGCCGGUGCGGAGAGGAGACCUGCAGGGGAGGGACACGGCAGGGGAUACAUCCUUCAGGUUCCAUAAUUUCUCGUUGCCCAACAACUGGGUGUGAAUGUGCGAUUGAAAUUGAACACCAAGGGACAAGUCUCACUGGUUGCUGUACAUAUGUAUACUUCGAUGGGGUGGCUUUGUGCUCAUACAGACUGUGGAGUGCAUUGUAGUGUGAUGGAGCUUACAUAGAGUAUAAUUUUGGCCGGUGAAUAGUCUUGCUGUUUCAGCGAUACUUAGUUCGAACACUGUUGAUUGUGUUGGGAGGAGAAUAACAGUUUCAUGUUUGAUUUCAAGUAUGAAAUUCAUUGCCAUGGAUUGCAAA